AUGGCCAGCCCAGCCCAAUGCUACUAUUGCUUCGAGUCUCUCUCCGCCUCAUUCGAGUCCCACGAGCCCGCCAAACUCGCAACAAUAGAAGCCCUCUGGGAACAACACGAGCAAUCUAAAAAGCUCUCAAAUCUCGAAUCUCAAGACCAAGAUUCAGAUUCAGAUACGGAGGACGGAGAGGAAUCAGGUCCGCAGGCUGUCAAUAGUGAUGAGUCCUCACAGACAAGUAACCAGCCCAAAAGCCUAAAAACGCCCGGAGUCAACCGGCUGCAGAGCCAGACUUCCGACUCGUCUAGCACAGCAACGAGCGCCUCGAAUACAUCCUCGCACUCGCUUCAGUCCGGAUCUACUGCUGCUACUACCCCGCUUGGAUCAAACAAGCCUACUGAACAGAAGUAUCCAUUAUUCGUCACCUGGAAUACGUUAUCUCGAAGCGGUCACAAGUCUCUACGCGGAUGCAUAGGAACAUUCGAGGCGCAGGAUCUUGCCUUGGGACUAAAGUCUUAUGCAUUGACAUCUGCAUUCGACGAUACCCGAUUCUCUCCAGUUCCUAAAUCUUUACUCCCCUCCAUGUCAUGCUCACUAACUCUCCUAGGAUCCUUCGAACCAUGCACUGAUGCAAUGGACUGGAUCCUCGGAACCCACGGAAUCCGAAUCUCAUUCAUUCACCGUGGCAGACGCUACGGUGCAACCUAUCUACCCGAUGUACCCGCCGAACAAGGCUGGACCAAAGAAGAGACAAUUGAAAGUUUAAUGCGCAAAGCUGGCUGGGACGGUGGUGUCGGUAGCGUCGCGCGACGAUUACUACGGGGCUCUGGCGGAAACGCGGCGGUCGCGAAACCAUGGGAUCAGGUAUCUGAGUUCCGAACGGUCAGGUAUCAGGGACAUAAGGCGAGUUCUUCGUAUGAGGAAUGGCAAGAAUGGAGAAAUUGGGUGCUUUCUCUAGAUGAUGGUCGAGAUAUUCUGGGCUUGGCCUAG